GCGGCCCCGCCAGCCUGAUUCCCGAGCCUCUCCGCGCCCAGGCCGGGUCGUGGUCUCCGGCGGGCUGAGGAGACCGAAGCGCCAUGCCUCGGCCUUGACGUGCCGCCCUCGCGCGUUCCGCUUCUCAGGCCUUCGGGUCCCUUCCCUCGGCUUUCCUCUUGGAGCUCUCGGCUUGGCGCCGCGGUCGACCCCGACGACUCCGUCCUACCCUGAGAACCCCGGGCGCCAUGGCCCAGCCCGGGAUCCCGGCCGCCCGCGGCGCCGCAGCCGGCCUCCAAGCCCAGAACGGGGCUGCCUCGGCUUCGGGGUCUCCCUACACCAACGGUCCUGUCCAAAAUACACUGAUGUCAUCACAAAUGUCAUCGAGCCAAGGAUAUGAUUCCCAACUUCCAGGAUCCUACCCUCGUCCAAUGCCAGCAAAGACUUUGAAUCCAGUUUCUGCACAGUUGAACUAUGGUGGUUCUCAGGGAUCUGGACAGACUCUUAAUAGACCACUUGUGACUUCCAGUCCAGCACCACCUUCACUUCACAGUGGUCCUGUUUCCCAAAUGCCACCACCUACUUCUCAGAACCCAUCUGCUACACCAAUGCCUUCUGGUAGCUUUCUUCCUGGAGCCAACCCACCACCACCUUUGAAUUGGCAAUAUAACUAUCCAUCUACAGGACCACAGACUAACCAUUUUCCUCAUGUAGCCCAACCAACUAUGUCUGGGAAUACAAAUUUAACAGCACAUCAUCAGUAUGUUUCUUCUGGAGACCCUGCACUUCAAACCAGCUUCAUAAAGCCAGGUUCUGCACUUCCCUUACAGAAUCCACCUCUGCCUACCACUUUUCAGCCAGGAGCUCCUCCUGGGCCCCCUCCAGCUGGAGGCCCACCUCCCCAGAAAGCACCUCCUAGGGCUGCUGCAUUCCCACCUUCACGGAAUUCGACUGUCAACCAGGAAGGUAUUAUAUCAAAUGCCAAUAAUGGACCUAUGGUGGCUCAUAGUACUUAUGAUGAAAUUGAAGGAGGAGGCUUCUUGGCAACACCACAGCUUAUUAAUCAGAACCCCAAAACGAGCCGAAGUGUGGGAUAUGCAUACCCCUCCCUACCACCUGGCUACCAGAACACAGCGCCACCUAGUUCAGCUGGAAUGCCACCCUCCUCCCGGAAUUACCCAAGUGGCCCCCAGGCCUUUACUCAGACUCCCGUAGGUGCUAAUCAUUUAACUGCAAGCAUGAGUGGAUUAAGUCUACAUCCAGAGGGUCUAAGGAUUGUCAAUCUUCUUCAAGAAAGGAACAUGCUUCCCUCGACACCUUUGCAACCUCCAGUUCCAAAUUUGCACGAAGACAUCCAGAAACUCAACUGUAACCCAGAGUUAUUUCGAUGCACGCUGACUAACAUCCCUCAGACUCAGGCCUUACUGAAUAAAGCCAAGCUUCCUUUGGGGCUGCUGCUCCACCCUUUUAAAGAUCUAGUGCAAUUGCCUGUAGUCACCUCCAGUACAAUUGUGAGAUGCCGUUCAUGCAGGACUUACAUCAACCCUUUUGUCAACUUUCUUGAUCAAAGAAGAUGGAAAUGUAACUUAUGUUAUCGAGUCAAUGAUGUUCCUGAAGAAUUCAUGUACAACCCUUUAACCAGAGUUUAUGGAGAACCUCACAGAAGGCCUGAAGUUCAGAAUGCUACUAUUGAGUUUAUGGCUCCUUCAGAAUACAUGUUACGACCACCACAACCUCCAGUGUACCUCUUUGUGUUUGACGUAUCUCACAACGCAAUAGAAACUGGAUACUUGAAUUCGGUUUGCCAGAGUUUAUUAGACAAUCUGGAUCUGCUUCCUGGCAACACUAGGACAAAAAUUGGCUUCAUAACAUUUGAUAGCACUAUUCAUUUCUACAGUCUUCAAGAAGGUCUCUCCCAGCCUCAGAUGCUAAUAGUUUCAGAUAUUGAUGAUGUUUUUAUACCUAUGCCAGAGAACUUACUAGUAAACCUAAAUGAAAGUAAAGAGCUUGUCCAAGAUUUACUGAAAAGUUUGCCACAGAUGUUUACUAAGACACUGGAGACCCAGAGUGCCUUGGGUCCUGCACUGCAGGCUGCAUUCAAGCUAAUGUCACCAACUGGGGGUCGAAUGUCGGUCUUCCAAACACAACUCCCAACUCUUGGUGUAGGAGCCCUGAAACCACGGGAGGAACCCAACCAAAGGUCAUCUGCUAAGGAAAUACACCUGACACCAUCCACUGACUUUUAUAAGAAAUUAGCCUUGGACUGUUCUGGCCAGCAGGCAGCUGUUGACUUAUUCCUUCUCAGUGGACAGUAUUCUGAUUUGGCUUCUCUAGGCUGUAUUUCUCGGUACUCAGCAGGCAGUGUUUAUUACUAUCCCUCUUACCAUCAUCAGCACAAUCCAGUCCAAGUGCAGAAAUUCCAGAAGGAACUACAGAGAUACCUCACUCGGAAGAUUGGAUUUGAGGCAGUCAUGAGGAUCCGGUGCACCAAAGGUCUUUCCAUUCAUACUUUCCAUGGGAACUUCUUCGUCCGUUCUACAGACUUACUGUCUCUUCCCAAUGUCAACCCAGAUGCUGGGUAUGCGGUGCAGAUGUCAGUAGAAGAAAACCUUACUGACACUCAGCUGGUUUCUUUUCAGUCAGCACUCUUAUAUACAUCAAGUAAAGGUGAAAGAAGAAUUCGUGUCCAUACUUUGUGUUUGCCGGUAGUUUCCACCUUGAAUGAAGUCUUUCUUGGAGCUGAUGUUCAAGCAAUUUCAGGGUUAUUGGCCAAUAUGGCUGUCGAUAGGUCAGUGACUGCCAGCCUGAGCGAUGCCCGGGAUGCUUUGGUGAAUGCUGUCAUCGACUCUCUCUCGGCAUACCGAUCUUCAGUCCUGAGUAACCAGCAGCCAGGCCUCAUGGUUCCUUUCUGUUUGAGGCUUUUCCCACUCUUUGUGUUGGCUCUCCUUAAACAGAAGUCUUUCCAGACUGGGACGAAUGUACGUCUAGAUGACCGAAUUUUUGCCAUGUGUCAAGUGAAAAACCAGCCGUUGGUUCACCUUAUGCUCACAACACACCCCAGUUUGUAUAGAAUUGACAACCUCUCAGAUGAGGGAGCUCUCAACAUCAAUGACAGAACCAUACCUCAGCCCCCCAUUCUUCAGCUCUCAGUGGAGAAGUUGAGCAGGGAUGGAGCCUUCCUCAUGGAUGCAGGCUCGGUACUGAUGCUUUGGGUUGGAAAAAAUUGUGCACAGAAUUUUCUCAGCCAAGUUCUGGGAGUUCAAAACUAUGCAUCAAUUCCACAGAUGAUGACAGACCUUCCAGAACUGGAUACACCAGAAUCUGCCCGAACAGUAGCUUUCAUCUCGUGGCUUAGAGAACAGAGGCCAUUUUUCCCAGUACUCUAUGUAAUCAGGGAGGAGAGUCCAAUGAAAGCAGCCUUCCUUCAGAACUUGGUAGAAGACAGAACGGAAUCUGCACUGUCGUAUUAUGAAUUCCUCCUGCACAUACAGCAGCAAGUGAACAAGUGAACAGAGCUGCUGAGGAAUCACAUGCAGAGUUCCUGAGAAUGCAGUACCUUCCUUUCCUCCUACAGAUCGUGAGCAAAUGUGAUGAGUAAGAUGUUUCACUGUGAUUUCAACAACUAUAGCAAAUAAAGACCACAGCAGAGUCAGGUGUGAACUCCAAAAUACUGUAUUUUUCAAAUCAAAAUAGAGGCCUAUACAAUUGGAAGCCUUUUUCCCCCCUUUGCUGCCAACUAUGUUUGAGUUGUUAGAGAUUGAGAUGAGACAAUAUCACAGAGGCAGAGUACAUUUUAUAAAAUAAAGACUUCUGUGUUCUGCAUUUCUAGUUCUCAUUUUUUUUCCUGAGUUUUUUGGCUGCUACAUUUAAAAACCUCACAAAACUAAGUGUUGCAGGGAAGUUUCAAAUGUAUCAAUAAUGAUCUUUUUUAAAAUUGGAAAAGCUGAAAGUCAAUAGACUGUAGAAAAGCUGGAAUCUAUUCCCUUUACAUUUUUUGUCCCACCCCUACCCUUCCUUUCUUAAGGAAGAAAAAGAAAGGAUCAUGUUAACAAAAACUGGAGUUAACUAGCUCUGGCCUUGCUUGGGAAGAAUAUAAAGUAAUUGUCAAGCUUUAAAGUCUGUCAGUAUUCUCUCUACUUGAACAAAGUCACUUUAAUUUGAGGUGAAAACUGUAAUUAGGUGGUUUUCUGCUGUUUUAUUCUGCCAUGAAUAGACUUAGAGCUGUCUUAGCAAAUAUGUCAGGACUGGCAAUGAUAAUAGGAGCUGGAAAAUUUGGGUUAUCUUGAGUCUCUGAGUGGGCUUUUGUUUGGUACAUUUCUGCUGUGACUGAUACAAAGUUAAAAGUGGUUAUUUUGAUAAAAUGAGAGUGAAAAAAGUAAAGGUUCUGUAAUGCCAUCUCAGAGUUCAUCACCAUUUCUCUAAGGAGUUUAAUAAUUAAAUUGGAAGCCACUCACAUAUUCUGAGAUAUUAAAACCUGCUAAAGUAUGAAUGCUGCUGUUCAAGGUGGUGGAUAUUAAGAUUGUACAAAUCCAUCCUGUUAAAGUUUUAAGGGAAACUUGAUUUCUGAACAUGCUCUCCAGACUGCUUUUGAUUCAGUUAGAGGACUAUUACAGUCAAACUAUCAGAUGGCUUUUGUUUACAAAUAGGUAAAUUAUCCAUAUGUAUUUAAAGUGCUGUGAUGUGUUUUUAAGAGUUUGGAUCAGUUUUCACAGGUUUAUCUUGUCUUGUAUGAACUUCAAUGACCUUUGUGUAUAAUAAUGAAGAGACUUUGUUUUUUGUUUUCAUAGGUUAGAAAUGUGUUUACAAUCUCGGUCUCACAUGAUCACCAAUGAAAUAGUAACUUUCAGGUUUACACCCACAUGGGCUGUCUUUAACUCCUGGGAAGGGAAGCAGCAGGUCCCUGGAGUAUAUAACUGCUGUUUGCAAAACAGCUGCUGCAGAAUAACUGUGCUUCACGAGAAUAACAGUGUUAAGGUUUUUCUCUUUUAAUCCCAAGCCAGACGUGAUGGUACAUGCCCCUAACCUGGUACUUAAGAGGCCAAGACUGGAGAAUUGCUAGCCUAGGCUACAUAGCAAGUGCCAGAACAGCAAGACUUUGUCUCAAAAAAGACAGCUGAAAAAUUAGUUUGUUUCCAAUGUACACAUAGUACACUGAACCCAAUUUCUCUUGAAAGCUGCUUCAUUUAUUGAGAAGCACUUUUCAACUAUAACCAAUUCAAUUUAUAUAAUUUGCCCUCUCUUUAAGAAAUAGCCAUUAUGUUCUAAUGUUCCUUUAAAUGAACUAAAGUUUUCUUCUUGAUGUGAUUUGAAAUGUUGGUAUUUGUAGGCUCUUUCUUUCAUAGUAAGGAAUCUUCAGAGGGAAAUGUUGCACUCCUAGGGAAACCUUCCUUGUGCCUCAGACCUUCCCUGAGUGAGUGACCCUUAUUAGCUAGCACCCCUUUGGUUAGUAUAUUUCACAGAUUUACUUUUAAUUUUUAUUUUAGAUAUUGUGUAAUGUGUAAUCCAGAGUAAUUUUAUAACAGUCAUAAAAACAUAACUAUUUAGGGUUCAUAAUUUUCAUUCUUUGGAUAAGAGAAUGAAACUUUGUGGAAUAUUGAUAUAAUUAUUUUUUGCAAUAUUGAAUGUUUUACUUUGUUUUGUUUUGUUUUGACAGUAAGACACUACCCAUCCUCUCAUCCUAUAUUACUUUCUGAUGUAAAGCAACUAAUAUUUACACUAUGCCAUAUUUUUUUUAUUGUAGUUGUAAAUUAUGAAAGAUCCUUGAAUUUUCUACAGAUCUACAACUACUAAAGUAACAGACAAGGGCAAUCUUGAUAUAUAAAUCUGAGCAUGGCAGUUCUACCAUAAAAAGUACUCUAUUUUUCUAAUUUCUAGAAUUUUUAAAAUAAUGUUUCUCUAAGUCUGACAUACUAAUAUUCACUCAAGCAGUACCAUUUAUUUUAGCUUGCAUAUAUUUUAAUUUAAUGUAAUGUAUUGAGUCUAAUAGACUGUUUUGCAAUAAUUAGAAUAAAAAAAUGUAAACUUCUAAUCAGAGAUGCAUAACAGCUGUUAUCUAGGGGACCACCAAAUGUGAUUUCACAGUUUUAACUAUUAGAAACACAAUCCUUACAUAGAAAAUUUAAUUUUGUAAAGUAGUGUAUAAUAUUGUAACAUUAAGUCCUUGUUCUUGAAUCAAAAAUAAGUAUUGAUCUUCAAUGUGUUGUGUUCAGUCUCGCUUCUCUGAAAUGUUAAGAAACAAGAUUUGUCUUCCUUUUUACAGAUUGUAAUUUUCACUGUUUUAUUCCUGUUUUUUAAAAGAGUCAUUUGUAACCCAUGCAAACAAUCAUUUGAUCUGUGCUAACUUAUGAAUCUGGCUAUUCAAUAAAGUUAAUCAAAAGAGCUUUAAA